GUUCACCUUCACUCUGGAUCAUAUUUGUUUCUCCCAUCAGUCGCUAUUCACCCGUUGACCCAAUCGGUUCAACCAAUAAUAAUUUUUGUUAGACAUGGGGAACAUAGUCAUAAAGAGCCUAGCUCCACUUCUUGGACACUUUGCAAACUAAUUUUACUGCUAAAAAGACCCUCUUUAAAACCUUUUAAUACAAUGACAUAUGGACUGUGAAGAAACAUAGUUCUUUAAUCUUUUUAAUUAAUGACUUCCAACACUUGACUCCUACAUGUAAAAUAACUAGAAGAGUGACAAUGACUACCGUCACCCAAAGAACAUUGUCUCCACAAAUUGUAAAUUGUGAAUUCGACUGCAUCUUGGUCCGCUUACUUUUAUAAAAAAAAGGCCUCAACUUUACAAAGAUUUUCAAACCGAGACGAUACGAGAUUACGAAAUUGGCCAAUUAUAUGGAUUAGAAAAGUUUUGGGCAUUCAUGAAAUAUUAUAAGCAUGCUGAAAAACUCUACGUUGAAUCCAAACUACAGGAGUAUGUUUCAAAGUUCAAAAGUAUUGAGGAUUUCAGAGUAGUUGAGCCGCAAAUAAACGAGAUGCUCCAAGGAUUUAGUGGAAAUCUACGAAGCCAAGCUAUGAAAAGGAGAAACAGAAGCGUGUCUGAAAGCGCUGGUGGCGGAGAAGCAUCCCCUACUAGUCGAGUACGACGUUUAUCCGGUGGUUCGAGUACUGUGACACUUUCUACCAAUUCUAGUAAUACUAACAAUCACAAACGGUCAGAUUCCGUAAAUCUGUCGCAGUAUCGAAAUAGGGCAGAAUCUUUUGGUUCGGGUAGAUUGGGUCGUACCAAAAGACGAAACGAUUCUGCAUCUAACAGUCAACGUGAUCUCACCAAGCAGCAACAACCCAGGAGUCGACACAAUUCUGGCUCUUUUACUAGACCCCAAGAAGUAGCUAAAGUUCAGUCAAGAUUAUCCGUUAAAUCUGAGCAACCUAAGCCCAGUGUUUCUAAACCUGAGACAGCGUCAGUCAGUCAAAAAUAAAUAAAUUAUCAAGGGGCCGGAGAACGGCAGAAGGAGAAAAUUAGAUACUAGGGACUGAGGAACUU